UAUUCUGUCAUCUGGAAAGAGUAUCAGAUAGUCAUACAAAUCUAAUCAAAUAAAAAUAAAUUGUGCUGUUUGUUAAUGAAACUUGAAAAACCCCAGUUGGUCAAAAAUUGUUGCAACAUCAGCAAAUCAUAGCUUAAAAAAAUAAAAUGUGUGUUUACCAAGUUACUGAAUGAUCCCCCUUAUUGUUAUUUAUUCCACGCUGCUAUAAUUUAUUUUAUUUUGAAGGGUUUAUUUAACCUUUGCCUCCAGGGCACCGCCGACCCUCCCUGGCAGGCAGCGGCCCUGCCUCAGUCACAAGGUCCAGACGUCUGUGCUCCACUUCCCUCUGUGCGCCAGGGCGUAGCUACCUUACAUCCUCUCCUUUACUCCCUACUCUCCACUUCUCUUGUCCGUGCUUUCAGCCCCGUUUCCCCCUCCCGAGUUCUCUCGUUUACGGUGGAUUCAUGCUCAGCUCUCGCCCUCCUCGGUCGCCAUGCAGAACAACCACCAUAAGGAGCACCUCUACAAGAUCCUUGUGAUCGGGGACCUGGGGGUCGGUAAGACCAGCAUCAUCAAGCGCUACGUCCACCACAACUUCAGCCCCAACUACCGCGCCACUAUCGGGGUGGACUUCGCUCUCAAAGUCCUGAACUGGGACCAGGAGACGGUGCGCCUGCAGCUGUGGGACAUCGCAGGUCAGGAGAGGUUUGGCAACAUGACUCGUGUAUAUUACCGUGAAGCCAUGGGCGCCUUCAUCGUGUUCGAUGUGACGCGGCUCGCUUCCUUUGAGGCCGUCACAAAAUGGAAGGAAGACUUGGAUUCCAAACUGACACUUGCAAACGGGAAACACAUAGCCACAGUGCUGCUAGCGAAUAAAUGCGACCAGGGUCGGGAUGUACUGACCAAUAAUGGAAUAAAGAUGGAGCAGUUCUGCCAGGAGAACGGCUUUGUGGGAUGGUUCGAGACGUCCGCCAAGGAGAACAUCAACAUUGAUGAGGCCGCCAACUGCUUAGUCAAACACAUCAUCGCCAGCGAGAAUGACAUGCUCCAGUCAGAAAUCCCCGACACGGUCACCCCUCAGUUAGAGACGGACAGGGGCGGGACCUGCUCCUCCUGCUUCAGGUCCCAGUAACGUCUAAAGCACCCGGCGGCUGGGUGCUCCUUUUCUACAUCGCAUUCACUCCAAGUCCAGUGAUCAAGACGUAGAACACAUUUGGCUGCUUUUGCAGAAGGAAGGAGCCAGCUCUUUUCCGGGGGGGGGGGGGCUGGCUCAGUAGACAGAUAGACUGAAACGGAGACAGAAAUAGAGAAAGAGAUGGAUGCAGCUGUGUGGACUUGUCAAUGACAAGGUCACCACCCCCCCUUGGUGACUUGAAGCCCUGACACUGUCACGUAGGUUACCAUAGCGACGCAGUUAACAAACAGAUGCACAGCAAGGUUGCAGCAAACAACAUUCUAUCAGUGUUAAAGGUCUGUGGAGGUAAUCUUUACCUCACUCCCUUCCCUCCCUGCUGUCACCCGUUUUCUAACUCUUCUUUGACCGUUUCACACCGACUGCAUUUCUGUCAUUUUGUUUCUUUUUUCUGCACAUUUGGUCUAAAUGUUUCAAAAAUCUACCUGAAAAACAAAUCGUCUUUGUUCACAUCUGGUUUCCUUUUUUCACAUCCUUACUGAUCCAAUUCUGGCACUAAUGAACCCAUGAAUAGCAGAUUAUAUUAAAUAAAAGAGCCUUUCCUAACACCAACCCUUUUUAUUUAACUGAUAAUCCAACAGAUAAUCUACUCUGUGUGUGUAUUAUUUAUAAGGUGCAUAUUUACCACUGACUCCUUAUCAUGGUGACAUAUUUAACUCUUUAAUAAACAUACAUGUGUAUUAAAGAAAGCUGUGUUAAAACUGUAUUUGUCUUAAUUCAGUGGGUUUUAUAUGAGAUUGUAUUACACUGUGAAAUAAUUGUAACAUUUGUAAUUUUGGGAUAAAUGCAGAUGUACAUUUUAUAUACAGCUAAAGAAGUCAGAUUGUAGAACCAAAGAUGUAUCCAGUCUUCAAAGUGUUCAUAACAAUAAAACAUUUAUCGGCUGUCA